AAGGUUAAUGGUUGACAUAAAAAUAGUUUUGAUAAAUAUUUGGAAACAAAACCUUCCAAAUAUAGAAUAACUAAAAAUGAAACAUUAGUAUCGUGGUAUUUAGUGGGCUGAGAGUUAGAUUCGCUAGUUAUUAUGUCUUAAAAUUGGGGUUAAUUCAAUAAUAGUCGAUACUUCUUUGUCAUGAGCAUAGUUUUCCUAUAAUAUCGAUCGAUUACGAAAGAGAAUUUGCUUCAAAUUCUAAUGUUGGAUUGGCUUGGGAAUUACAUACUACAUUGAAGUGAACCAUAUCAAGAAGUACCUUACCUUGCGUAUAUAUUUGUUUUAAAUUAGUAGAAGGGCAGGCGUGAGUUAUUACAAAGAUGUGUUUGAUCUUACGAUUCUGCUCAAGUCUGCAAUAAUAUUUAUUGCUUAGAAUAAAGCUUUAAUUCGGUCAUAGACUAAUCUUAGAAAAUGAGAUAAAUUGUAUGUGUGUAGCAGCAGCCAGUAUUGGAAUUCACGUCCAUGUAUUGUUGCUCGUUUCUCUCACGACUGGGCGUCGGGAUGGCGAGCAUGAGUUCGACGCUCGUCGAGACGGUCUCCAUCAACUACGAAGACUUUAAUGAGAGCUUCCUCACAUGCGGCACAUGUCUAUGCACUUAUGAUGGAGGCGAGCAUACUCCAAAGCUUUUGCCGUGUUCACACACAGUCUGCCUGCAUUGCCUUACUCGAAUAGCUGCAUCGCAAACCAGAGACGCGGGUAGUUUCCGAUGUCCCAUAUGCCGCGAGUUGAUCACAAUACCGCGCGGGGGCGUCCCGGCAUUACCGCCUUCGUUCCUCGUUAACCAGUUGUUAGAUUUGAUGGCGAGACAAAGAAGAGAAGUGAUACCCCAGUGUAGUUCUCAUCCGGGAAGAGAGUUGUUGUUUUGUGAGACUUGCGACUGCGUUUUCUGUCGGCACUGUGCCGACGGACCUCACAGCGACACGCCCUGUGAUCAUACCGUAGUGCCAUUUUCGAUUGCCUUAAAGAGAAUGUCUGAGAUAUUGUUGUAUAGAGCCAAUGAGUGUCUUAGUAAGCUGGGCUCCGCUAGGGACGCGGUAGCCAGUGAGUUGAGAAGACUAGAGGCGGCGGCCACAGCUGCUGAGGAGGCCAUUGAUAGGCAUUUCACAGAGCUCAAGGCCGCUUUAGACAAGCGGCACAGUGAACUGAAGUCGGCCGCAGCCGCAGCGGCCACACAUAAAAGAAAGCUGCUUGAAGAACAAUUGAAGUUGAUUGAUGCUGAAAAAACUAAAGUGGAAGCAGAAUGUUCAGGUUUACAGCAGCAAGUGGAAGUGCGCGAGGUGAGCAGUCGGGCGGCUGCGCUGGGCGCGCGGCUAGGCGACGCGGCUGCACUAGCCGAGCCCAGAGAGAACGCAUUCCUAGCUGUUGACUUCGCGCACAAUGACGCCCAGCAACGGUUCGUCGAAGCCCUAGCCGAGCUGGGUCGGGUGCGGACCAGUACCACCUUCCCCGGCUUGUGUACAUUGCAAUUAGAGUCAGUGUGCGUGUGCGGUCUGGAGGUGGCGGUGGUGUUGCGCACAGUGGACUACCACGGAGAGCCGCGCAGCACGGGCGGAGACCCCGUCAGCGCCGCCGCCACGUUAGACGACGCGCCUCUACCCUGCGCCGUCACAGACCUCGAUACUGGAUUAUACAGGAUCACGAUGCGGCCGUGGAGCGCGGGCGCGAUCAGCGUGCGCGUGCUGGUGUUCUCGCGUGCAGUGCGCGACUCCCCGCUGCGCGCGAGCGUGCUGGGGGCCGCCGCGCCGCUGCUCGUGUGGGGAACACGCGGCACCGGCAAGGACCAGCUCAGUCAGCCCGUCGCCGUCGCCAGGUGUCCGAAGCGUCGUGAAAUAUAUGUACUAGACGCGGGCAACUCCCGAGUGAAGGUGUUGGACGAUGAAACGUUCGCUUUCAAAACUCACAUAGUUAACGAAGGUCUGUCGGGGCGCAGCUGCACUGGUAUCGCGGUGACGGCGGAGGGAGUGGUCGCCGUCAACUGGAGGACUAGGACCUUGACUGAGGUGAGUGUGGACGGGUGUACAGUGCGCACGGUGAGAUCAGAGCGGCUGGUGGAGCCGGUGGCUGUGGCUGCAGAUGUUGCCUCACGCCGCCUCGCUGUGGCAGACAACGGCGCACGCGCAGUCUUCAUAUUUGACGCACAUGGCAACAUCGAAAGAGAGAUCGGUAGCGGCGAGCUGGGUCUGGUGGGCGGGCUGGCGCUGUCUGGUGACAUGGUCAUCAUCGCGGAUGUGGCAGUACGGAUCUAUGACCUGCAGGGUAACCUGCGCAAUACCAUCGCACCCGUACCCAAAGGCAGGGGAGGGUACGGGGGCGUGGCGCUGGAGCGGAGCGAGGUGGAGGGUGCGGGGGAGGGGGAGUGUGUGAUAGUGUGCACGCGGGCGGUGCGGGGGCGGCCGGCGCUGGUGGCGCUGGAGGCGGGCGGGCGGGUGCUGGCCGCGUGCGAGCUGGCGGAGCGCAGACCGCGGCGGGUGGCGGGCCUGGCGCUGUUGCCGCGGCGCCGCGCGCUGCUGGCCGACCUCGCCGGGGACUGUCUGCGUCUGCACUCCUACUGGUGA